UAUUGAAGCCUAGGGAGCGUGCGGGCGGUGCUAGUGGCGGGAGGAGUAAAGAUGGCGGCGCGUGGGUCUCCGCCCUCUGCUCCCGGCUGAAGCGCUCUGAGGGAGGUGGCAGCGGCAACCCGAGCCUCAACAGUAAUUUAGUGUUGGUAGUUUCAGCAGCAGCGGCCGAGGCCGGAGCAAUGGCGGAGCUGGAGCAUAUAGGAGGGAAGCGGGCAGAGUCGGCGCGAAUGCGGCGGGCAGAGCAGCUUCGGCGCUGGCGGGGCUCACUGACAGAGCAGGAGCCUGCGGAGCGACGAGGCACUGGGCGGCAGCCGCUGACCAGGCGCGGGAGCCCCAGGGUCCGCUUCGAAGACGGUGCUGUCUUCCUGGCCGCCUGCUCUAGCGGGGACACCGACGAGGUGAAAAAGCUUCUGGCAAGAGGUGCCGAUAUCAACACUGUCAACGUCGACGGCUUGACAGCCCUGCACCAGGUCUUUACUCAAAUGUCACCUUUGCAGUGAAGCACUUCCUGGCCAUCGUAUCUAAAAAUUUCAGAUGAACUUUCCUCACCUUCUCAUUUUUAAAAAUUGAGGUAAAUUUUACAUAUAGUAAAAUGCCUAGAAUUUAAAUCUAUAGUUUGAUGGAUUUUGACAAUGUAUACAACCAUGUAACCAAUAUGGUUUUGAUAUUUCUCCCACCGAAAUCUCAUGUUGAGAUGUAAUCCCCAAUGUUGAAGGUGGGGCCUGGUGGGAAGUGUGUAGGUCAUAGGGGAGGGAUAGUGAGUGCAGUCUCAGGAGAUCUGAUCAUUUAAAAGUAUGUGGCACCACCCCCGCCAACCUUGUUCCCAUUCUCACCCUGUGAUGUGCCUGCUCCACUUCACCCUCCACCGUGAGUGAAAGCUCCCUGAGGCCUCCUGAGAAGCCAGGCAGAAGUUAGUGCCAUGCUUGAACAGCCUGCAGAACUAUGAAAUAAUUACAUUUCUUUUCUUUAUAAACUAGUCAGCCUCAAGUAUUUCUUUAUAGCAAUACAAGAAUAGCCUAAUGUAGUAACCGCCACCCAAAUCAAGAAAUUGGACAUUUUUGUCUCCUUUGAAAGUUCUGCCCACACCCCUCCAUCCUCCCUCAGG